AUGAAAUUGGUUGAUAUUUUACUCGUGCUGAGCGCGGCGGCAACCGCUAAUGCAAUACUGAUACCGUUUAAAAAAGAUGGUUCACUUCAAGAAUCAGGCACUUCUAGCCAAGUGUCUGUCCCGACUAACGAACCCAAUCCAGGCACUUCCGACCAAGACUGGCAAAGUAUAGCUGUUCAACCUGGUCUAAGCAUAUCCGACGAAUACUGGAAACAUUUAAUAGAUGAAGCUGGUUCGAGCAUCCCCAAAGACUUGCAACAGCCAGUUAAUCAACCCGAUUCAAGUACUUCCGGACAAGACCAACAAUACCCAGUUGAUCAACCUGGUCUAAGCAUAUCUGACGAAUACUGGAAACAAUUAAUAGAUGAGGCUGAUUCGAGCACCCCCGAAGACUUGCAAAAACUAUCUGAUAUAGUCGAGCCGAGUACUUCCAAACAAGGCCAACAAUACCCAGUUAAUCAACCCAGUCCAAGUACUCCAAAACGAGGUCGGAAACGUCCAAUUGAUUUAACCACUUCGGACGAAGACCAACAAUACCCAGUCAAUCAACCCAGUCCAAGUACUCCCAAACAAAGUCGGAAACGUCCAAUAGAUGUAGUCAAGCCAAGUAAUACUGCUCCAUAUCAAAAAGUUGAAAAAAGCAAAGUAAUUGGAGCUUUUAAUCUACAAAAAGAACUUAGGGCGACUAUAAGGGAACAAGAGAGUGCAUACCGAUUAUACCGUGACUAUGCAGCCGCUGGAUUGGAACAAAAAUCAAAAUUGGAAAAAGGUCUAAAGGUAAUUGGAAUAGAGCACGACCUAAAGCUUGAAAGGCAAUUGAAACAAGAUUGCAAAGAUAUCAAGAUGAAAAUAAGUAUUUUGAAACAAAGAUUAAGGGACUUUAUACUGGCCCAUGGUUCGAAAUUUAAAAUACUGGGUAUAGAAGCAAAUUUAGAAGUGGAUUCAGAAGCAGAUUCAGAUUGA